CCAAAAGCACUUUCGAGUUUUUCUCCUUAAAAUGUGUCCUCUGUACAUUAGUAUUGUGACUGAAAAGUUCCACUUCACACUCGCAAACUAGUCCGCACCAUAAAAUUUUCACACCAAAACGCGCGUUUGCUGAAGCGGGUGCAGUCCAAGCAAUCCCUUCCCUUCCUAAUUACUCAAAGCAAACCCCCAUCUCAUCAUCAUUUACAACAUCAUCAUAUUUAUUUUCCCCAUAAGUUAACAACUUCUUCAGAAACAGACCUUCCAACCUCAUCACCAUGAUUUGAUUGAUUAAUUGCACCACCCACAAUCAAAUUUAGCUUCAGCACACUGCUUCACUACCUUCUUCAACCUUCAACAGCAACAACCACCCAUUUAUCAGCUCCACCUGAAAGUCUCUGUCUUAUUCUCAAAACCCAAACAAAAAGAAGAAGUGACAGGAGCACAAUCCCAAUCUCAAUCUCAAUUUCUCAAGCAUGAAGCAAUUGCACAAGCAAGCGAGCGUGAAUCAAAGGAGGGACGAAGAGAUCCCAUCAAACCUAGCCUCAACCUACUCUCCCAAGGCUCUCAAACACCCUCGAUCUCUCCCCAGAUCCAUCAACUACCUCUUCAAAGAACAGAGGCUCCUCUUCAUCCUCGUUGGCAUUCUCAUCGGCUCCACCUUCUUCAUCCUCCAGCCCACCCUCUACCGCCUCGGCCCAUCUGACCCCAACAACCCCACCACCUCCAUCUCCAGAUCCUUCUCCACCGCCCAUGAUCUCGUCUCCAAGCCCACCCAUGCCAAGGUGGGUCGGAUCCCCGUUGGGCUCGGCAAGCGGAGGCUCCGAAUUGUCGUCACCGGCGGUGCUGGGUUCGUUGGGUCUCAUCUUGUUGACAAGCUCCUUGACAGAGGCAACGACGUGAUUGUGAUUGAUAAUUUCUUUACCGGGAGGAAGGAUAAUCUGGUGCACCAUUUUGGGAACCCGAGGUUCGAGCUCAUUAGGCACGACGUCGUUGAGCCGAUUCUGCUGGAGGUGGAUCAGAUCUACCACUUGGCCUGCCCUGCCUCCCCUGUUCAUUAUAAGUACAACCCAGUCAAGACCAUUAAGACCAAUGUGAUGGGUACUCUUAAUAUGCUGGGACUUGCCAAGCGAAUUGGGGCAAGGUUUUUGCUCACCAGUACGAGUGAGGUGUAUGGGGACCCCCUGGAGCAUCCUCAGAAGGAGACUUACUGGGGAAAUGUAAAUCCUAUAGGUGAGAGGAGUUGUUAUGAUGAAGGAAAGAGGACAGCAGAGACAUUGGCAAUGGAUUAUCAUCGAGGUGCAGAUGUCGAGGUCCGUAUUGCUCGAAUUUUCAACACUUAUGGUCCACGUAUGUGUUUGGAUGAUGGGCGUGUUGUCAGCAAUUUUGUUGCUCAGGCUAUCCGCAGACAGCCAUUGACUGUGUACGGUGAUGGUAAACAAACACGAAGCUUCCAAUAUGUCUCUGAUUUGGUCAAUGGACUGGUGGCAUUGAUGGACGGUGAACAUGUGGGGCCUUUCAACCUGGGUAAUCCAGGGGAGUUCACCAUGCUAGAGCUUGCUGAGGUUGUCAAAGAAACAAUUGAUUCAAGUGCGACAAUAGAAUUCAGACCAAAUACUGCUGAUGAUCCGCAUAAGAGGAAACCUGACAUUAGCAAAGCAAAGGAGCUAUUGAACUGGGAGCCAAAAGUGUCCUUGAGGGAGGGACUGCCUCUUAUGGUGAGCGAUUUCCAGAAUCGCAUUUUAAACGAAGACGAAGGAAAGGCCAUUAAUUAAGAAUGCGGAGAACCAGUAUGUAUAGUGUGAAGAAUGACUGUAUCUUAUCGAUUCGUUUAUUAUUGUCGUCCUUUUACAUUACUUGGAAAUUCAAGCAAAAAGCCACCGUAGGAAAAUGUAUCUGGUUAUCCACGGUGCCAGUUUAGCACAAAGUCUACAGUCAUUAGAUUUUGAUGGAAUUUUUUUUUACCACCUUUUAUGGCACACAUUGUGGUGGUGCAAGGUUGUACCUUCAUUUAUUUUAUUUUUUUGACAACUUUUUGGUAUUUUGGAAGGAAAAUCACCUCUCGCUUUUGGUGGGUAUGGUAAAGUUGAUAACAUUUGGUAUGAAAGAAAAG